CAGGCAGGGGCAGCAAGAUGGUGCCACAGACUCUGUUCCUCAUGUCCCUGUUGCUCUGGGCCUCUGGUGCGAGCGGGGACAUUGUGCUGACCCAGUCUCCAGCCUCUCUGGCUGCGUCUCCAGGAGAAACGGUCACCAUCAACUGCAAGUCCAGUCAGAGUGUGAGCAGCAGCUAUUUAAACUGGUAUCAGCAGAAAAAAAAACAGGCUCCUAAAUGGCUCAUGUCCUGGGCAUCCGACCAGGCAUCUGGGGUCCCUGACCAGUUCAGGGGCAGUGGGUCUGGGACAGACUUCACUCUCACCAUCAACAACCUCCAGGCUGAAGAUGUGGCAGAUUUUUACCGUCAAUAAUAUCAUAGCUAUCCUCUCACAGUGAUUCAACCUCGAUCAGCAGGUAGGAGCAGCAAGAUGGUGCCACAGACUCUGUUCCUCAUGUCCCUGUUGCUCUGGGCCUCUGGUGCCAGUGGGGGCAUUGUGCUGACCCAGUCUCCAGCCUCUCUGGCUGUGUCUCCAGGAGAAACGGCCACCAUCAACUGCAAGUCCAGCCAGAGUGUGAGCAAAUACUUAGCCUGGUACCAGCAGAAACCAGGACAGGCUCCUAAGCUGCUCAUCUACGGUGCAUCUAACCGGGCAUCUGGGGUCCCUGACCGGUUCAGUGGCAGUGGGUCUGGGACAGACUUCACUCUCACCAUCAGCAGCCUCCAGGCUGAAGACGCCGCAGUUUAUUAUUGUCAGCAGUAUUAUAGCUCUACUCCCACAGUGCUUCAGACUCAAACAAAAACCUCCUCCCCAGGGCUACAGGCCAGUGAGUCUUCACUACACCAGCUGCUUCCUUUCUGCUCAGCACUGAACGUGCACACUUCCUCUGUCUGUCCCAAAGGCCACAUCAGCUGA